UUUGAGGUACUCAUAGUUGGGCUUCGUUAGUCAGACAAAUCUCCGUUUCAUACUAUUAUUUUGAAAAAUUAUUUGUUUCAAAUACAGUUAAGGAUGCCUAAAGUGUCGCCUGUUUUCUCACUUUUUUCACAGUGUCUUUACAUAAUUAAGAACAAUCUAGAACAUAUUUAUCCGACUCCCGUUAAAAGUGUUAAAAAGCGAUUGAAGUUGGAGACGAGCACUAGUUCAUCAUGUUCUAUUCCACAAACAAGUGAAACAACUGAAGACGAAUCCGACAAUAAUCCGUUCCAUAAAAUACCUACCGUUCUGUUGGAGCAGAUCAUCAGUUCACUUCACAAGAAAAUGAAAAAUUUCGACAUUGGGUUUCUCAUUACAACGGAGCUAAAAAAAUUAAUUAUUCCCAAUUUGUGCAAUGAGCAAUACCUGAAUUUCAGAAAACUCGAAACACUGCAAGUACUAGUCUUGCAAAAAACAAAUGUGGGAGACUCUUGUUUAAAAAUCAUAGGGACAUGGUGUAAAAAUUUAAGGGUAUUGGAUGUAAAUUAUUGCUCUAGAGUGACAGACACUGGCAUUGAAUGGUUAAUUCUCCAAUCAAGUGAUCUACGCAACACUCUUCAUGAAUUCUUUUUUUGCUGUCGUUCCGUGACGAAAAAAGGAACACAAAUGGCUGUACAACAUUUUUCAGCCUUGCAGGUCAUCGAAAAUCGAAAAAUCUUUGAUGUAUUAGUAGCAGUGGUUAAGUCAGCAGCCAUAGUUUCACUUCCACCACAGGUGUUAAAAUUUGCUAUCAUUCGUCUAAAUAUUCGUCCUGCCAGUUUAUAUAGAAAAGGUAAUCUUGGGUUAGUAGUAGGAUGUUGCCCUGGGCUUCUCGAUCUCACUAUUGUUGUUAAGAAGGGAUUAAAAGACUCUGAUUUGUUUUGCUUGACAAAUUUGAAAAACCUUCGAGUACUCAGAAUCAUGGGGGUCAAAAGCUCUACAGGAGAUGAAAUUACCUUCGACAUGGGCAUUGCUCCAGUGCUUAAGGUGAUCGGAAAUUCAUUAAAAGUUCUCGACCUUGCAUACCUUGAAGUCGUUGAUAUUUGGACGAUUGUCAAAUUUUGUCCCAAUUUAAACUCACUGGUCUUCCAAAGGCAAAGCCAAAGUUUGAGUUCCUUGUCUGAAAACGAGAUAAUUCAAUUGCGGAAAGAAAAAGGGCGAGUUAUUUUCGAGGAUCUCAAGAUUCUAGAGUGCGGCUUCAAUCUAUCAAAUGACAUUCUAUUUGCUUUGUUAUCUUGUCCUUUACUAGAGGAAGUUGAAAUAUCAGAUUGUGACGCACUCACUGACAAUUUUUUACAAGAAGCCAUGACAAACGGCAUAUUUAAGAAUCUUGAGGUACUAAGUUUUACAGCCUGUAAUUUAGUGACAAAGCAGGGACUAGAUGCACUAUUAAUAAAUGAAAAUCGUCUUGAAGAAAUAAUCUUCUCUUUUUGCAAUAAAGUCACUCUUCGCAAUGUUUACGAUUGGUGCGAAAUUUCUCAUCGUAACAAUUGGAAAUUGAUUUUAGAGUUUGAGAAUUUUGAUACUGAACGUAUAAUUUAUCCGACUUAUAGUCAACGCUAUUGACGCAUAAGUUUUGUGUUCUUAUUUACUGAAAAAUGAAGAGCAGCGAACUUAUUUGUUCGUUCUUUUGUGUGAAUGAUGCGAGCUCCAAUAAUAGUGUUUUUGUCGAAUUAUUUGUGUUCUGGAGUGAAUAAAAAAACUUAAAAAGUGC